GACUUAAACAAGGAUCCGUAGUUUGGAGCCAUGGAACGGAAGAUGUCAUACAGGCAUGGUAGCGAUGUGACGCUCAACAUCUCUGGAAAGGAAUGGAACUGUUGAUUUAAAAAUACGAAAAAAAGCCGUCCUCUCACUGGUAUUUUAGCGUAGCUACUAUAAGGGGAGAGAAUAAGAAAUGCCUCGCUAUGCGCAGCUGGUGAUGGGCCCGGCGGGGAGCGGAAAAAGCACCUACUGUGCCACCAUGAUCCAUCACGCGGAGGCCAUCAAUCGGUCAGUGCAGGUGGUGAAUCUGGACCCCGCGGCCGAACACUUCGAGUACCCAGUGAUGGCAGACAUAAGGGAGCUGAUCCAGGUGGACGACGUGAUGGAGGACGACUCCCUGCGGUUUGGGCCGAACGGGGGCCUGGUCUUCUGUAUGGAGUAUUUUGCCAACAACUUUGACUGGCUGGAGGAGUGCCUGGGGCACGUAGAGGAUGACUACAUCCUGUUCGACUGCCCCGGUCAGAUCGAGCUCUAUACCCACCUGCCAGUGAUGAGGCAGCUGGUGGAACAGCUGCAGCAGUGGGAGUUCAGAGUGUGCGGGGUCUUCCUGGUCGACUCCCAGUUCAUGGUGGAGACCUUCAAGUUCAUCUCUGGUGUCAUGGCAGCCCUGAGUGCCAUGGUAACCUUGGAGAUUCCGCAGGUCAAUAUCAUGACCAAGAUGGACCUGCUCAGUCAGAAGGCCAAGAAAGAGAUUGAAAAGUACUUGGACCCAGACAUGUACUCCAUGAUGCAGGAUAAUGCCCUCACUCUAAGGAGCAAGAAGUUUGAGAAACUCACCACAGCAAUUUGUGGCCUGAUUGAGGACUACAGCAUGGUGCGCUUCCUGCCUUUCGACCGGACUGAUGAGGAGGGGAUAAACAUCGUGCUGCAGCACAUCGACUUCUCCAUCCAGUACGGAGAGGACCUGGAGUUCAAGGAGCCCAGGGAACCCGACGAGGAUCCAGACGAGGACGCCGAGCCCUCCGAGCCCUCCGACAGCUGCCGGUUCUUCCAGGCGGACGGCUGACACGAGCCACGCCGCAAAGCACGGCCAACGCGCUGCACGUCUUUAUGCGACAACUUCUGGACGUAGAAACAAAUGUGCGGAUCUCGGCUCACUGAGCUCACUGAGUUUAAUAAGGUCUUAUUAAUGCGGGUGAGCGAGGCUGCGGGUGCCUGACCGUUAGCUGGGGACUGUAGGAUUUCAUUUACAUUCUCCUGCUAUUGAUAAUUUUGUAACUUAUUAAUUUUUGUUCCUCUUUGUGUUCCAUAUUGGCCACUUAAGAUGUACUCAUUUUGUUUUGACUUUUUUUUUGUGUGUGUUUUACUCCUUCUUGUUUUAAGCUUUGUUCUCCAGUGUUGGUUUUAGACCAUUAGUUUCAGAUUUCAGGUUUCAAGUUCCAAAGUUUUAUUUUUUCUUGAUUUGCAACUGUACAUGUCUCAUAUAUUUUUCAAUAAAAAACAGUUGGUAUCUGG